UUCUCUCUCUCUCUCGCUUCCGUAGCUCAGGAGGCCUCAGGUCGAGUUCUCUCGCGGCCCGCCGUCAGCAAUGGAAAUGAGAAAGAUUGCCUGUGCUGUCCUCGUGGCCGCCGCCUCGGCCACCUCCGCACUGGCAGCUGAGGCCCCUGCGCCCGGCCCUGCCAGUGCCUCCUUCGCCAUCAACCCCGUUGUUGGGUCCGUGAUCGGGGCCUCCGUCCUCUCCUUCUUUGCCUUGUACUUGCAGUAGGCGCCUCACGAGGAGUAGGAAAGAAAGAAAGA